GUUUACGUAUUCUAUUCUUUGCUGCAGAAGCAAGCUGCUCCCUGGAAUUCUGACCUGCGGUAAACAGGACCCAGGCAAAAGCUGUGUUGGGGACUCUAGGACGAUCCCGCCUCCAAUCCAGCCUGGUUAAUUGUGAAAAGUGUACACAUUUCUAGCUUAUCUAUGCUUUGUUAUGGGUCUGACGUGAAACUACCUCCUCCCUAACACCACCCCCCAGCAGAGAGCCCAAAUCCACUUGAAUUGUUACAGUGUUUUGGAGCUGGAGCCUUGAACUGCUUCCUUGGUCAAAUAACUUUGUUUCUGGUUGUAAAAAGGCAUUGCAGGGGGGAAAAAAAGGAAAAUCGAGAGAAAUUCAAAACCAGGAUGCCUUGAGACACACGCAGCAUCUGGUGGAGGAUUAACAUACAUACAUGUGUAUGUAUGCGUCACGUAUAUAUUUGCUGCAAAUGGUGGGGAUCAUUUAGUGCCCGAGAUGGGAGACCUGAAGUCAGGUUUUGAAGAGGUGGAUGGCGUGAGGCUCGGCUACCUCAUCAUUAAAGGAAAGCAAAUGUUUGCCCUUUCCCAAGUCUUCACGGAUCUGCUGAAAAACAUCCCGAGGACGACCGUGCACAAGCGCAUGGAUCAUCUGAAAGUGAAAAAGCACCACUGCGAUCUGGAGGAGUUGCGGAAACUCAAGGCCAUCAACAGCAUCGCCUUCCACGCCGCCAAAUGCACUCUCAUCUCCCGGGAAGACGUAGAAGCCCUCUACACCUCGUGCAAAACCGAGCGGGUCCUCAAGACCAAGCGCAGGAGGGUCGGUCGGGCCCUGGCCACAAAGGCGCCGCCGCCAGAGCGCGCCGCUGCAGCCGCCGGCCCCCGCCCGGCUUUCUGGAAGGACCGGCACCAACUUUGGCGGGGCCUGAGCGGAGCCGCGCGGCCCCUGCCAAUCAGCGCACAGUCCCGGCUCCCGGGCGCUGCCGCCGCGCGCCCUACCGCCCAUCUACCUCAGAUUUUUAGCAAAUACCCAGGCUCGCACUACCCAGAAAUCGUGCGCUCGCCUUGCAAACCCCCUCUAAACUAUGAAACUGCCCCGCUCCAGGGAAACUACGUCGCUUUCCACUCGGACCCGGCUUAUUUUCGGAGCCUGCUGUGCAGCAAGCACCCGGCCGCCGCUGCCGCCGCCGCCGCCGCCGCCGCCGCCGCUGCCGCCGCCGCCGCAGCCGCCUACUACCAGGCAUCGGCGGCUGGGCCACAGCCCAAGGCGGCAGCGGGCGCGGGCGGCCCCGCAAGCCUGACCUACCGCUGCAAGCGCAAGCGCGGGGGCGCCAAGGACUGCCUGGUUGCACCUCCCUCCAGCGCCCGCCGCCUGCUGCUGCUGCCCAGGUCCUACAAAACCAAGGCGGCGGCGGCGGCAGCGGCGGCGGCGGCGGCCGGAGCCACUUGCCUGGAGAGGUUUCAUCUGGUUAACAGCUUCUGCCCGCCUCCCCACCACCAUCACCACCACCACCACCACCACCAUCACCACCACCACCACCACCACCACCGGGCCCAGCCGCCGCCGCAGAGUCACCACCCCCCUCAUCACCACCGGCCGCAGCCCCAUCUGGGCAGCUUUCCCGAGAGCUGCAGCAGUGACUCGGAGUCCAGUUCCUACUCGGACCACGCAGCCAACGACUCUGAUUUUGGCUCCAGUUUGUCCAGCUCCAGCAACUCUGUGUCCUCGGAGGAAGAGGAGGAGGAGGGAGAGGAGGAGGAGGAGGAAGAGGAGGAGGAGGAAGAGGAGGAGGGGGGCAGUGGGGCCACGGAUUCCAGUGAAGUCAGCUCGGAGGAGGAGGAAUCGUCCUCGGAGUCGGACUCCAGCUCCGGCUCCAGCCAAGUGUCAGUGCAGAGCAUCCGUUUCAGGCGCACCAGCUUCUGCAAGCCGCCCAGCGUACAGGCUCAGGCCAACUUCUUGUACCAUCUGGCCUCCGCCGCUGCAACCAACCCCACUGCUUUCGAGGAUACCGGCCGAUUUCCCGACCUCAAGAGUAGUGUCAAAGCCGAGUCGGCAGAGGAGUGGACUCUGCAGAGCUGGGCCUCCAAAGCGUCUCCGGUGUACUGCUCGGCCAGCCUGGGGAGUUGUUUCACAGAGAUAAGGAACGAUAGGGUAUCUGCGAUUACAUUCCCACACUCUGAAAUUUCCAGUACUGUAAAGAGAACUGACCUGACAAUUAACUGCCUGGCAGAAGGGGCCUCUUCACCUAGCCCAAAGACAAACAAUGUAUUUCCACAACAAAGACUACUCCGAGAAGCUAGGAAAUGCCUGCAAGCAACUCCUACUACACACUGUGCAGAUAACAACACAAUAGCUGCUAGGUUCUUCAAUAAUGAUUCUUCAGGAGCAGCAGCAAAUUCAGAAAAAGAUUCCAAGAUCUCCCCUUGUACUGAAUUUGCUACGGAUUUGCCCCUUUUGCAGACUAAUCCUGGGGUAGAUACAGCAACAGCAACGAAAGUGGAGAGUCCCUGCACUGACACAGGCGACGAGACACUACCACUUCUGCACAAUAUUAGAAUCAAAGUCGAAGACAGUAGUGCUAAUGAAGAAUAUGAACCUGACCUUAUUACAAAUAAGCUAAAGUGCGAGUGCAAUGAUACAAAGGGUGAGUUUUACAGUGUGACUGGAAGUAAAGAGGAGGACACCUUACUAACCACAGCCAAGGAAGGGUUUACAUGCCCUGAAAAAGAAACUCCUUCCUUAAAUCCACUGGCUCUGAGUCAGGGCCUUUCAUGCACUUUAGGUUCUCCAAAACCUGAGGAUGAGGAAUAUAAAUUUGGUGCCAGGGUGAGAAAAAACUACCGGACACUAGUCCUGGGAAAGCGAUCUGUACUUCAGCCACCUCCAGUCAAACCAAAUUUGAAAUCAGCUAGAAGUCCUCGUCCUACAGGUAAAACUGAGACACAUGAAGGAACACUGGAUGAUUUUACAGUUAUAAACAGACGCAAAAAGGUAGCCAGCAAUGUAGCAUCAGCAGUGAAAAGGCCAUUUAAUUUCAUGGCAAAUUUUCCUUGUCCACCAUCACUCAUUAUUGGGAAGGAUGGGGAUUUGUGGCCUGCAUAUUCUUUAAACACCACUAAGGAUUCCCAACCUCCUCACAAGGCCCAUCCUAUCUGGAAAUGGCAGCUGGGCGGUUCUGCAAUACCUCUUCCACCUAGUCACAAAUUCAGGAAAUUUAAUUCAUAAAAGUGUUUUUGGAAGAUAUUUUCUUGAACCGUAUUACCUUGCUUUUGUUGUAAACUGCACAGGAUGGUUUGUUCAAGUCCAUUAAUGUGUUACACCCCUUUUGGAGUCCUGGUUUAUCGCAUUUUGAAGACAGAAAUCAAAUCGGAUUACUUUUUUUUUCCAUUGCGGGUUUUUUUUUUUUUUUUUUUUUUGGAGUAGGGUGGGGGCGGGGUGGGAGAAUGGUUGGUUUACAUUCCACAGACUACUUCAGGCUAAAGACUCAAGUAAAACUCAGUUAUUACGGUAGAGCUGGAACACUUUACUGUUUCAAUGCUAAUAAUGCACCGGGUACCUCAAUUCAACUGCUACAAAUAAAUGUCAAAAGGUUGAAUAAUAAAUAUUACAAUGAGCCAUUAAGUUUAUGCACUAGAUUUCAGACCUAAAAGUGUAACUUCAUUCAGUGAAAGUUUGUUAGGCUACAUGGUUACACAGUGAAGUAGCAAGAAGUUUCUGUGAGCCCAAAAUGUUCUCUUCUGGAGUUCAUUUGUGGGGUAUCUUUCUCUUUUUCUCCCCUUAUUCCCUCUCCAAAAGUUGUUGCACUUAAUUUUUCCUUUUUUGAAUGGAAAGACUGGGGAGUCCUGAUUGAAUGCUGGUAAAAGCUGCCUCAUAUAUACUGAGUAAAAUAAAUAUGGGAUUGUAUUUUUUGUAAAGGGUGUGAUUUUACUUUUAUAGCUACUCCUUGCAAUUGGAAAAGUCCUUUUUGUGUCUCGCCCAAAGGUUUUAAAUAAGGUGACUAUUACUAUUGUCCUGCUUACCUUUGUAGUCUGAACAUGACUCCUGGAGCUUGCAAAACAAUUAAAAUAUUUAUCUUGAGAGCAGGAUAUUUUAUGGUCUGACUCCUAAUAGUGACAAAGCAUUAAAUACACACAAGAGAAGUUAAAUGGAUCAGAGUUGUAAGAAAACCCCAAAUGAAAAAAUAAUAGUUAUUUCAGGGUUCUUAGUACCAGAACUCAGGCACUUGGAUUUUACUGCAUUUUACUUUUUCUGCAUCUCUCUAAACUUCUGUUUUCAGACCAUCCUGUGUAUGGAGCAGGAGAGUUUCUACUGCAAGUGACAAUCAGAGGUGACUAUCUAUGUUUGCACUUAAAAUCAAAGUAGUUCAACAUGCAAAUGGCUAGGGUCUAGCCAUUGGUAAGGGCCAUGCUGGUGUACAAUGUUGUGAUGAUGGAAGCAGCAAAUCAAAAUUAUGGAAAUUUGCACUGUUGAAAAGCAUGCUUUAGCUUUAUUUUCAAUUAAAAACACUGUUUAAAAUUCCUGGUUCCAUACAUUUUUACUUAUUCCUGAUUGAAGAACGGUUAACAGGAAUGAAUGGUUUUCUUGACAUUUUCCUUUGUGAUGUUUUUGCCUGAAAGAAAUGCAUUUAUUGGUGUAGUGUUUUGUUGUAAUAUUAUGUGAUGAGGCCAGUCAUGUUCUGUGCAAAACACUGGUAUAUUUAUUCCUAAAUGACAACAAAACUUUGCAAACUUGUUACAAAUCAAGUGCAAAAAGUUUCAGGUUUAAGAAAGUGAAGCAGAGAUCAAUUCUAUUUUAAUGAAAAUUAAAUCUAAUAAUUUUUGGUUCACCUCUCUUAGCCUGACAAAUUAUAUAUCUCAAAUGUUUCCCAUCUGAAACCUACAAGGCUGCAUCUAUAGGUCGUAAAUCACAAAACAAAACAAAACAUCAGUGAAAUAUUUACUGUGUGAAUUUAAGUCACUAUUUCUCAUGGACAUUCAGUCUUUUUCCCUUUAACUUUUUAAUUUCUUCUCCCUUUGAAAAUUUUCUUUUGUCUAUAAAUGUUUCAGAUAGAUCUGGAUGGUCUCAGUUGUAAUUGCUGUAUAUGCUCUGUGGUUUGACUCUUAUUGUAAAAGACAGAGGCUGAGCAUACCUGCAUCCAAAUACAUUGGAUGGAGUAAACAGAUGCUUUGAACUGCCUCCAUUCCUUUCCUUCUUGAAUAUUGCCAGAUGUCCUUUUUUUAUUGGCAUGAUAGAUAUGGCCAAAGCAAAAAUUGGGGGAUGUUAUCCUUGAAUUCUUGUUUGUGUGUAAUUCCAAAGACCAGUACAAGUUACAGUUAAAGCCCUAGGAAGCUGAACAAUUGGCUUCUCAGUCUGAGUUCCUUCCUCUUUGGAAGGCAAUACAGAAUUUGGGUGCAGUGAGUUGUCCUGCAAAAUCAAUCUGUAAAAGUGUGACAUGUACACACUGGAAGUCUGUCAUUUCUAGCCUUUAAUUACUGCUAAGUCAAGAAAGUUCAAAGUAUGAUGACUACUAUAUUUAGGCUAGUACUUUCUUGUUGGUUAUGGAAUCACUGCUAUGAAAUUAUAAAUUGAGAAUAUAUUUGAAGCCUACAGACCUUGGGUGUGGGUAGACCAUGAGAUGAAAUAAGCAUACUUUAAAACAAAUAUACCCUAUGGAAUUUCUGACAUAAAAUAUCAGUUUCCAGCUUUGACACUUGGUCUCCAGCCCUCAGAGAAUCAAUAGUUUCAGUUUAUAGGAGCUGGAGAAUGAGCAGCAUGGAGGCCGAAGCAUUCCAGAGUGAUACCAUCAAAAGGAAAGAAAUUAAAUAGUCAACACAAAUUUCACCCCACAGUACUCCUACAAGCCAGCCAACCACAGCAAAACUUGAGUUGGGGCUUCUGUUGGGAAAGUGUAGCAAAGGGUAUUCAGUAACUUGCAAAUACAAGGUAUUCUUUCAAUUUCUAGUAGCCCCUUAGCUAUUUGACCAUUCUGCUGUGGGAAUUAUUCUCAGAACAGUUUAUUUCAUUUCAGUCAUCUUAUGAUUAAUGACAAUAUCUAGAUUUCCUAAAAUACUAUAACUGUCCCAUUUGUUCAGAAAGUUAAGCCUUAUCAAGAGAAAAACAAAAGUUACCUCCAUUGGCAGAUCACAUUCUUACAUUUAAAUGUUUUCAGGUGAUAGAAUAUUUUUUUAAGGUACUAUAUGGUCCCAGGGUCACUGAUUCCUGUGUCUAAAACUCAACACUCAGAGACAUGAGGAAAAUUCAGGAAAGGGCCUUUUCUCUGACUUUUUGAGGAAACACUUAUUUUGAGUCUCCUAGAAAAGUGGUUUCCUGAUAAGUCGAUGAAAUGAAGAUUUAAUUAUUCUUUAAAGAUAUGUGUGUACUCUGUCGUCCACAGCCAGGUUAUCUGCCUUUUUUGAAAAGACAGUUUGCUUUUACUCAACAAUUUACUUUUUAAAGUGGGUGUUCUUUCCUACUGGCUUGAUUACAGUGGAGUAAUCUCAAUAAUGGUUGUUUAUUUUAAAAUCAACAAGAAGGAGCCACCACUAAACAGCAAUAACAAACUAGAUGAGCUGGUGUGUGGAUUUUUAUCUUAUCUGUGUCUGAGUGACUUUAAAUGGUCUAGAAAUUCCUCAAAGUUUCAGUCCCAAGAAUGAGAAGGUUUUGCUCAUAUGAGCAUGAUAUUUUUGUUUGCAUGAAGGAAGAGAUGUAGAUUAAUUCCUCAAAAGCAUAUUUUUCUUUCAAAGAAAACAAAAAUCCUCCUGGUAAAAAAAAACCCAUU